UGUCCACCACCAACAACACCUCCUUGCCCACCACCAACAACAACACGUUGUCCUCCAGUAAGAACUACAACGACAAAACCAAGCUGCAAUACCAAGCCCACCCAACCAACUCAGCCAACACAACCGACUCAACCACCACGCACCCAACCAACACAACCAACUCAGCCGACACAACCGACGCAACCGACUCAACCACCACGCACCCAACCCACCCAACCAACUCAGCCGACGCAACCGACUCAGCCACCACGCACCCAACCAACACAACCAACUCAGCCGACGCAACCGACUCAACCACCACGCACCCAACCCACCCAACCAACUCAGCCGACGCAACCGACUCAACCACCACGCACCCAACCCACCCAACCAACUCAGCCGACGCAACCGACUCAACCACCACGCACCCAACCAACACAACCAACUCAGCCAACACAACCGACUCAACCACCACGCACCCAACCCACCCAACCAACUCAGCCGACGCAACCGACUCAACCACCACGCACCCAACCCACCCAACCAACUCAGCCGACGCAACCGACUCAACCGUGUCCGUGGCAGACAACCCGACCUACCAAACCCUGUCAAACAACUAGACCAACACGUCCUACUAAGCCCUGUCAAACAACUAAACCAACACGCCCUACUAAGCCCUGUCAGACAACUAGACCAACCCGACCUACCAAACCCUGUCAAACAACUAAACCAACCCGACCUACCAAACCAACGCGAACUCCCAAACCAACGCGAACUCCCAAGCCAACACCACCUACCAAACCCUGUCAAACAAUUAAACCAACACGGCCUACUAAGCCAACUAGACCAACCCGACCUACCAAACCAACGCGAACUCCCAAACCAACGCGAACUCCCAAGCCAACACCACCUACCAAACCCUGUCAAACAAUUAAACCAACACGGCCUACUAAGCCAACUAGACCAACCCGACCUACCAAACCAACACGGCCUACUAAGCCAACUAGACCAACCCGACCUACCAAACCAACGCGAACUCCCAAACCAACGCGAACUCCCAAGCCAACACCACCUACCAAACCCUGUCAAACAACUAAACCAACACGCCCUACUAAGCCAACUAGACCAACCCGACCUACCAAACCAACGCGAACUCCCAAACCAACGCGAACUCCCAAGCCAACACCACCUACCAAACCAACGCGAACUCCCAAGCCAACACCACCUACCAAACCCUGUCAAACAACUAAACCAACACGCCCUACUAAGCCAACUAGACCAACCCGACCUACCAAACCAACGCGAACUCCCAAACCAACGCGAACUCCCAAGCCAACACCACCUACCAAACCAACGCGAACUCCCAAGCCAACACCACCUACCAAACCAACGCGAACUCCCAAGCCAACACCACCUACCAAACCAACGCGAACUCCCAAGCCAACACCACCUACCAAACCAACGCGCACUCCCAAGCCAACACCACCUACCAAACCAACGCGAACUCCCAAGCCAACACCACCUACCAAACCAACGCGCACUCCCAAGCCAACACCACCUACCAAACCAACGCGAACUCCCAAGCCAACACCACCUACCAAACCAACGCGCACUCCCAAGCCAACACCACCUACCAAACCAACGCGAACUCCCAAGCCAACACCACCUACCAAACCAACGCGAACUCCCAAGCCAACACCACCUACCAAACCAACGCGCACUCCCAAGCCAACACCACCUACCAAACCAACGCGAACUCCCAAGCCAACACCACCUACCAAACCAACGCGCACUCCCAAGCCAACACCACCUACCAAACCAACGCGAACUCCCAAGCCAACACCACCUACCAAACCAACGCGCACUCCCAAGCCAACGCCACCUACCAAACCAACGCGAACUCCCAAGCCAACACCACCUACCAGACCAACUACCGAACCAACCGUAACUACAAAGCCUACCAAACCCCCAGUAUGUCCUCCCGUUUGUGGACCUGGUGGUCGCCCUUGUUGGGGUUGUCCUCCACGCCGGCUACUAUGCCUAGAUCUUCUGGCUGAUAUCAAAGCUCUGCAAAUGAUGCUGGAAGAAUGCGUCUGUGCUGAAAAAUAAGCAAAUCGUACGACAUUUUGGUUCGAUCAAUGAUAUAUUCAAAUAUAUCAAGUAACCACAUUGUUGAUGCUUAGAUUGCAAGGAAACUAAUCGAAAAUUAUUGAACAGAUAUAAUAUUGUUGAAAUUAAAAUAAAUUGCUGAUUAAAAUAUUAAAAUAGAA